AGUCACACCAGUUUAGCAGCUGCAUGGUCACAUGAUGGCUACCAACGGCUGUCAGCUGAUUGACAUGAUCCAAUUUCGGCUGUGAACUGUUGUCUCUCUCAACUUUCUCUCUAAACCAGACCAAAUUCUGCGAAAGCUCAGUGAAUUAAGAGUCCUUACCGGGAUUUAUCGUUAAAUACCUUUUUUAUUAUUGGGCCAGAGGAAGUCCAGGCUUGAUGGAGACAGACACACCUGAGGACCAGCUUCUCCUUUAUGCCAAAGAGGGCCGUUGUUCUCAUAUUCAGAGGCUCCUUCAGUCAAGGAUCUACCACAGCAGCUCUCUCAACAUCAACUGCAGAUCAAGAUCCAAAGCCAUUUCAGGAUGGACACCCCUCCAUCUGGCCUGUUACUUUGGACACAGGGAUGUUGUGGAGGAGUUACUCAAGGCAGGUGCUGAUACAAAUUUGCAGAAUAACAUGGGUGACACACCUCUACACAAAGCAGCCUACACUGGAAGAAAGGAGAUUGUUCUGUUGCUGCUGCGGUAUGAUGCCUCUUCCAACAUAAUCAAUGGAACAGCUCAAAUCCCUAAAGAUGUCACAGAAGAUGAUGAAAUCAUUACAAUGCUGGAAGCUGCAGAGAGAAGAGAGACAAGGCGGCAGGAGGAGAAGCUUCUGGAAGCAGCCAGAGACGGGGACAUCUCUACUCUGUCUAAGCUGCUCAGUGGAAAAGAAGCUCCAAAUAUUCACUGCAGGGACUCGGUGGGGAAUACGCCCUUACACUGUGCAGCCUACAGAGGGCAGAAGCAGUGCAUUAUAAAGCUGCUCAAGUCUGGAGCCAGCCCCAGUAUUAAAAACAACAAUGACCAGACAGCAUUAGACCUGGUCCGCAGUGAUGAACUGAGACAGAUUCUAGCAGCCUAUCAAGACAAGGAUGUGAGCAGUGGGGUGCAGAAGAUUGAAGGCCCUCUUUGGAAGAGUUCACGCUUUCUUGGAUGGCGAUCCCACUGGGUGGUAAUUGAGGAUGGAACUCUCUCCUGGUACCCCAGACAGGCUGAUGCACUGGCUGGUGUGAGAAAACAGGGCUGCAAGUCUCUAACACAGGCCUACUGCAUGGUCAAACCAUGGGAUCAUUGCUUCUUCAUGCUCAGGUGCUUUGAUGACACUGUGCAUUAUUUUAAGGUCUCCUCAAAGACAGAUUCAGUGGCAACAAGAAAAAGAUGGUUGGAUGCUUUUGAGACACAUUCAUCGUAUAGCACUCACCACUGCACCCGAGAAGAGAUUAUCGACGAUGCAGUUGGUGAUGCUGGCGUGACAGUGAGGAAUCUGUCGCAAGCCCUUCAGGCAGCCAACACUUUCCAGCAGAAAUUGGAAAGUGAAGUGUCGAUAUUUCAAUCGAUGGUGAAGAAUGAGGAGAAUUGUGCAUUGGCUGCCCGUCUUUUACUGAAAGCCAAAGAGACCAGUGAGCUCUCCAGUGAAACCUGUGCUGCUCUCCAUCUGUGCCUUGAACUGCUGUCAAAACAAGAAGAGGUGUGGAGCCUGAAGUUAGAGCAGGAGGUGGAGAAGAACAAAGCUCUGACAGAGGCUCUGCAGACAUUGGCCACUGAGCAGCACGAACUCAAGCAGUCCCUGUGUAAGAGCAGGAGGUUGUCUACCCUCAGUACCCUCACUGAAGAUGACUUCUAUGAUGCUGUGUCAGAGUCGGAGUCGGAACUCUCUGUGAGCGGCUUCCUGUCUGUGGCCAGUCACUCGUGUGAAGAGGACGAGGGGAGAGACACCCCCCUUCUCAGCAGCCUCCGCCAUCCCAGAGCACUCAGGGGGCCUACCGGAAUGUCAGGGGAGGGUAACCAUGGCAACCAACCAGCCCAGUGCAAUGGAGUCAAGAAGCACAGAACAUCUCUACCGACUCCCAUGUUCUCCAGGAAUGACGUCAGCAUCUGGAGUAUCCUGAAAAAAUGCAUCGGCAUGGAGUUGUCAAAGAUUGCCAUGCCUGUGAUAUUUAAUGAGCCUCUGAGUUUCCUCCAGCGGUUGACAGAAUACAUGGAACACACCUACCUCAUCCACCAGGCCAAUGCCACAACAGACUCUGUCGAGAGGAUGAAGUGUGUUGCAGCAUUUGCUGUGUCAGCUGUAGCAUCGCAGUGGGAGAGGACUGGGAAACCCUUCAACCCACUGCUGGGGGAGACCUAUGAGCUCAUCAGAGACGAUUUGGGCUUUAGGUGGGUGUCAGAGCAAGUAAGCCAUCACCCUCCAGUCAGUGCCUUUCAAGCUGAGGGCCUCAAGGAGGAUUUCAUCUUCCAUGGCUCCAUCUACCCCAAACUGAAGUUUUGGGGAAAAAGCAUAGAAGCUGAGCCCAAGGGAGUCAUCACACUAGAGCUGCCCAAAUAUAAUGAAGCCUACACCUGGACAAACCCCACCUGUCGUGUCCACAAUAUAAUUGUUGGUCAGCUUUGGAUUGAGCAGUACGGCAGCGUGGAAGUGAUCAAUCACAAGACCGGAGAGAGAUGCAGCAUGAUGUUCAAGCCCUGUGGCCUCUUUGGAAAAGAGCUCCAUAAAGUGGAGGGAUACAUCCUAGAUAAAAGCAAAAAGAAGCUCUGUGCAAUAUAUGGCAAGUGGACUGAAUGCCUAUACACAGUAGACCCAGCUACCUUUGAAACCUACAAAAAGACUGACAAAAAGAAUACAGAUGAAAAAAAGGGCAAUAAACAGAGCAGUGUGGAUGAGGAGCCCGAAGAGAUGCCUCCACCUGAUGCUGAGACAGUCCAGGUCAUCCCAGGCAGUGAGCUCAUCUGGAAGAUAACACCUCGACCAGACAACUCAGCCAAGUUCUACGCAUUCUCCACAUUCGCCAUGCACCUAAAUGAGCUGGAGAAGAGCAUGGAGGGAGUUAUUCCCACCACAGAUAGUCGCCUCAGACCUGACAUUCGCGCCAUGGAGAAUGGAGAUAUAGAUUUGGCAAGUGCAGAGAAGAAGAGACUUGAGGAAAAACAGAGAAUGGCCCGGAAAAAUCGCACCAAAUCAACAGAAGAAUGGAAAACAAGGUGGUUUCAGCAAGGGCCCAACCCUCACAACAAAGCUCAGGACUGGCUCUACUUGAAAGGCUACUGGGACAGGAACUACACUCACCUGCCUGACAUCUACUAAUAAGUAGAAUUAAACAUAAAUACCAUACACAUGGAUAUCUACUCUUAUCACCUUUGGACUUGACCUGCUGUAUUGGGGUUUGUGCUAGGACUGUAAUGGAGUUGGUACAGAACAGCAGGUAAGGCUGAGAUAAUAUACUUAAAAAAUGUGUUUAAAGAGUCAAUGGCAGUAAAACCCUAGAAUGAACCCUAGAGGCAUAUAUUCCUAAAUAGAUGUGUGUGAACAAUAAAGCACAAAAACUCACGUAUUUAUUGUGGCCCUUGACCACCAAGUAUGGUAUAGGCAUGUAUUGGAAAAACUAGAAUGUAUUUUAGAAAUAUUUAUGUGUAUUAGAUAGAUGGAGUGUUCAAACAGUAACCUAGGUUUUGUUGUUGGUAGUUUGUCCAUAAUUCCUGCAGGUCAUGAAAACAUUUUACUCAUCAGCUUCAGCGCAGAGACAUAGAGGCAGCACCACUACAAACAGCUACAAUGGAGUGCAUGAUGCAUCCUGAUGGAUUAAGCAUUUAUUUAACUUUAUUUAGACUCUGAUUCUACUUGUGCAUGCAUACUCUAAUGCAGGGCAAAGUAUUAAAAUAACCGUUUGGGAACAUUUGCCUUUGUUUUCACUCUCUAGUACAAUGAGUGGUGCAGAUUAUUAGUGUUUAACUGGAUGUGUUCAAAAUCUGCUAGUUUGCAGUUGAUUGUAACUCUGUCUAGCUGUUUCUCUGCAAAGAUGAUGGCAAGUAAAAUGUUACCACAUCUGCCAAGAAUCAUGGCCAGUACUGCAACAAUAACACUUAGGUUUUUACAAUAAAAUAAAUGUUUAAAAUAUCAUUAAGCCCUAAACUAUGUACUGUAUAGAUGUGUAUAGAAAGUGACAGCGUUGCACUUAAGUCUACCUGACUCUGUAGAUACAGUAGCACUUUUUUCUAACUAUAAUGAAGCAGAGACACUGGCUCUGCACUUAUAGAUUUGUGUGUGUGUGUGUGUGUGUGUGUGAAGGUCUUGCCAUAGUUAAGUAUAAUUAGCUAUAUUCCUAGUGCUAUUGGUCUAAUUGAAAUCUAUCACAAUUAAUGCAUGUGCAUCCCUAUAACUAUGCAAGCCUUACCUCCUUUACAAUCAAGCACUGAAUAUUCCUUUUCUCAUGUUGUGGAUAGCUGCUACAUUGCUAUCACUUUUUUGUGUAUCAAAACAGAAUUUCUAUUGUUGCUAAAUAAAAGCUUAAUGUUUAUUGAA